AUGGCCUUGGGCAAACGAACACAAGAAUAUGAAGAUGCGGAGGCGGCAAAAUGUGCAGACGACAUCGAUGAUGCAGACGAUAUUACUGAUGACAUAGAAUCAAAAGAAUACAGUGACGAAAGUGAUAAAAUUAAAACGCUUUUAAGAGAAAAGUCUAAAACAGAGUCAGCCGGGGGAAUAUCCAGUGUAGAAGAAAAACGGCCACUACCACCAGAGCUACAGCGUCUAGCAAAAGCGUUUGCUUUAAGUGUAGCAUACGGUGCUAAUAUAGGGGGAAUAGCUACACUUACAGGUUCUCCACCAAACCUUGUCUUCAAACAACAGAUUGACAAAUUGUAUGAAUUCCAUACUGGUUCUGAGUCGGACGUAUCGUUUGCUAAAUGGAUGGGAUUUGCGUUCCCUCUGUCCGUCAUUACAGCUAUCCUCGCCUGGUUAUGGCUGGUUACAUUGUUUUUACGAUGCGGGUGUUGUAAAAAAAUAGACCCGGGACAUAAGAAGUCAAUAAAUGCAUCCAUUGCACAUCAUCUUAAAGAACUUGGUAAAAUGACGUUUUGUGAAUUACAAGUGUUAAUAGUAUUUGUUGUGCUGGUGGUUCUAUGGCUGUUUCGGGCACCUCCGAAGAUAGAUGGCUGGGGAUCGGCAGACUUUCUGAAAAAGGGGUUUGUGUCUGACUCCACGCCAUGUAUACUGCUAAGCGUUCUUCUUUUCAUAUUGCCAUCCGAGGUGCCAAAGGUUUUUGGUCUUGCUAAAGGAGAAAAGCCGUCAUAUAAACCAAUUCUAGAGUGGAAGUCUGUAACAGAUAGAUUACCAUGGGGUGUUAUUGUUUUACUUGGGGGAGGCUUUGCUAUAGCACAGGCUAGUGAGGACUCGGGUUUAUCCCUCUGGGUUGGACAUGAGCUGAAAGUGUUUGCCAAUAUGGACACGUGGGUGAUGAACCUCAUUAUAUGUUUAAUCGUUGCCGGGGCAACCAACGUAACCAGUAAUACAGCGAGUGCUACAUUGCUCAUGCCAAUUCUUGCUCAACUUGCCCUACAGACUCAAAUAAAUCCAAUGUAUUUGAUGAUAUCAGUGGCCGUCUGUUGUUCAUUCGCGUUCAUGCUGCCAGUAGCCACGCCCCCAAACGCCAUCGUAUUCUCAUCGGGAUAUCUUACUAUUCCAGACAUGGUUUUAGCUGGACUCCCAAUUAACAUCAUUUCUGUAUUUUGUCUCACACUUGCCAUCAACACGUGGGGAAUAUCAAUGUUUGAUUUAAACGUAUUUCCGGAGAUGUUCCAGACUACAAAGUCUAAUGUUACAUUAUAAACACAUGUUUUUUUCGUCUUACUUACAGUAUUAACAUUCAUUAUUAAAUGGAUAAUAUUAUCAUAGAUAAAAAUAGAAUGAUGUCAUAUCAAAUUUACGAUAUUAUGCCAGUAUAGCAGCGAUUGACAAGCUUCUUAAAGAAUCUUAUACCAUGACUGUAUAGCGUCCUUUCGACAGACAUAUUCACUGUUGAAAAAAGGCUGUUUAUGCAUAUAAGGGGAGAUUUUAGCUUAAUCUAGCACUUUUGGUUGAAGAAUGCUCAUAAGUUAAUCAAACAUUCUCUCUGUUGACGAACUUGACAAUUUCUGUUCUCUUAUUGACAGUAUGACCGGGACUCCAGCUCUACCAACUGAGCUAUGCAACCACUUAGUGACAGCUCUUGACCUUAAUUUGAAGCAUUCGAUCAUUCAUCAGACAAAAACAUGAAAUCUCAGAUCCGAUUCACGAGGUUACCAGUUUUAUUUGCACGACAGAGAUUCUUUUCCAUGACAACUUAAAGUAAUUACUGGCACGAUUAUAAUGACCUUUUACUGCUACAAGCAGGUUAGAAGUCAUAUAAUGAUAAAAUAAAUUCCAUAGGUAAAAAAAAUCCAAAUUGGAAAAUAGUUCUACGAGUGAGUGAUCACACAUAAAAUUCAUCUAAAUUUGUCCGCAAAUAGAACUAUCUCUGAACUUUUCCCAAAAAAGUAGGAAAUUCCAUCUAAGGAAAAAGACAAUUCAUAUUUACAUCGGGCAAUAAUAAUGCUGAUGUUGUAAAAAAUUUAUUGCGUCUUUAUAUCAAUAAAAAUAUUACUUAGUUCUACAAAAAUUGAUUAAUGUUUAUGUUUGCCCUUGAUGGUCAACGACAAUUCAAGGUCAAUAUCAUUCUUCAGCAACUUAACGUGAAUAUUUUGUCCAAAUAUGAAUCAAAUCAAUUCAUUCAUAAGUCAAUAUUUGGGAUCAUGGUCAUUUUAGGUCAAAGGUAAACAUGUACAUGGAUUGCUCAACAUAUUUUUAAUGUGAAGUGUUGGUUUGUUCUUGUAUGGUAAAGUCGGUCCAUAGACAACAUAAGAAUUGCAAUUUUAGAAAAAAAUCAAUAUUUACAAUUUAGGGCAAGAACAUACCAAGGUCAAGGUAAAGUUUAGGAUGACACACUUAAAAGGUUGUUAUACCCGAGAGUAAAUGAAAUACAUGGCGAAUAUUUAGCAAAAUUCAAUAAUUUGACCUUGAAGGUCGAGACACAUAAACGGUCAAGGUCAAACAUAAGUUAUUUAACAUGACAGUUGUAUGCUUAGUGUUAUUUUGAAUUAGGUAUUAAUCAAAAUCCAUUAAUGACAAAUUGUAAAAAAAUUCAAUAAUUUUAUCAUAAAGGUCAAGUUCAUGUAACAGUCGAGGUUGAGUUGUGCUUGGCCUACUUUAAGGUACCGAAAGGAUUGUCGAGUAUGAAUACAAAAUACAAAAGAUCUAUUAAUAACACAGAUGUAGCCAAUUAUAGCCCACUUUAACAAAAUUCAAUGAAUUAACCUUGAAUGCCAAGGUUAUUCUUUUUUAUUCAAGGUCAAUUAUUUAGAUAGAGACCAUGACAUUUAUUCCUGACAGAUUUUGUAUGAGAAGAAGCACACAGAGACAGCCAUACACCAAGACAGACAGACAGUCUGAAACUAGUAUGCCCCCUUACAACUUUCGUGGGAGACAGGUUUUUUGUAUGUUGGGGUAGCCUGGGAUUCAGGCGUUGAUAUUUUUUGCUUAUUUAUGACAUACGCACUAUUUCAUACUCAAUCGUCAUAGAUAACACAACAUCUGUGGUUUUGAUAGUAUCAAUCUGUCGAUUUGCCGAACAGAAGCACAUCAAAAAUCGACAGACUGGAACCCAGGCUAGGGUAGAGGUAAUUAUUUGCGAAAUGGCAAAUUGCGUCCAGACAAAUGGACAAUUAAACUUCGUUAAUUGAAAUACUCCUGCUUAACCCGGAACAACAAACUACCAUAUAACGUUGUAUAGCUUCAUAACUAAUGACCAAACAAUUUUGAAUUUUAAAAUUGCAAUGGUUCUAUUGUAACAAUUAUACAUGUAUCUGUAUGUUAUGAUGAUGGGUGUUGAGCCCAAGUCAGAAAUAAAGUAUACGUUCUGUUCUAUAGAUAACUACAAUCAUGUUAAUAUGUGUAUAUGUAUAUCAGGUACAAUUUUACAAUAAACUAUUUUAAACUCCAGACGAAAUAGGGUUGGAAUAUGGUAGCCACGUAGGGCAAGACGAUUCUAGUUUUAGCUUAACAAUUUUUAUUUCAAUACCAUUGUAAUCAGAAUCACAAUACUAUUAUUAUUUUUUUCUUUGCUUUAUAUUAGAAUUAUUCGAAUUUUGAACAUGUGAUAUAGUCAUUAA